AUGGGGACCUCUGAGCCGCAGACUGUGAGCUGCCGCGCCGCGCUCGUCCUCCGACGCCAGCGCCAUCUCCAGCGCGCCCUGCUCGGCCGGGGAGAAGGAGCCACGGCGCGGACCGAGCAGACCGCGCGCGCCACCGCCGCCGCCGCCGCCGGGGGCACAGCGCCCAGGAAGCCGCCGGCCGCCCGGGCCUCCUGCAAGAGGGCGCCCCCUCUGGGCGGGAUGAAGAAGCCCCACCGCCACAGGCCGGGCACCGUGGCGCUCCGCGAAACCCGAAAGUUCCAAAAAUCCGCGGAGCUUCUCAUUCGCAAGCGGCCCUUCCAGCGCCUGGUGCGGGGAAUCGCCCGGGCCGUCCGCGCAGACCUGCGCGUCCAGAGCGCCGCUGCGGGCGCUGUGCAGGAGGCCGGCGAGGCCUACCUGGCUGGGCUUUUUGAGGACACCAAACGGUGCUGUCUCCACGCCAAGCGUGUCACCGUCAUGCCUAAAGACAUGCAGCUGGCGCGCCACAUUCGCGGGGAGAGUGCUUAA